AUGAAUGCACUGCUCAGUAGCACCAUCGCAGCGGUGUCGCCGAAGGUGAACACCACCAGGGAGGACAUCAAGGGCAUUCUCUGCGCCGACAACUGCCAGAUUAUACUCAUGGACUGCCCUGGAAUACUGGAAUCGCAUCGCAGAAGGCGGUUCUGCGCACCACUCGUCGACACUGCGUGGAGGACGUACAGGGAAGCCGACGCAUGUCUGUUGGUGCUCGACACGGUCAAGCGACCAGAUGCGGAACUAUUUCGAAUUGUAAGGUUGUUGACCGGGGCGGUGCCAUUCGACUCCGGAGUUACGUCGGAAGAGGCUAAAGACCAUGCCGGCGACAGGGAAUACCGCCAAAACUAUCGUGCAGCCGAGGAGGAUGACACCGACUCAGAUGGCACGGAACUCUACGAGGAAGAUGAAAGUGAUGCAUAUGGUGACGAGGAUAUAGAAACGGGUGAAUACGACCCUUCCCAAAAAAGGAAGCCAGUGGCGCUGGUGCUCAACAAGAUCGACCUGGUGCAGCACAAGAAGUGGGUGAAGGCCAGAACAAGGGAAAUCAAGAACCACGGCACAUUUGACGACAUAUUCUACACCAGUGCGAAGCACGGGAUAGGCGUGGAACGCAUUCUGCACUUCCUCAAAGCUGUGGCCAAGCCCGGUCGGUGGGUGUAUCCGCCGGACAUGCUCACGACGAUGUCCAAGGUGCAGCUGGUCGAACAACUGGUGCGGACCUACAUCUACUGCUGGUUCAACAAGGAGUUGCCCUACCAGGUUGGCCAGAAGGUAAUCGGCUGGACCCCAGCCGAAAAUGGAUCUCUAAUAAUAGAAAUGGUAAGACAACGUGAUAAAGCAAUCAACCGUACGCAGGAGCUGUACGUCAGAAACGAUAAAGCCGCUAAAAUCAUAUGCGGCAUCCAAGGAAGAAUUGUCAAACAGAUGCAAAAAAAUGUAUCACAUAGGCUUAGUAAAAUGUGGGAGCAGCCGGUCUUCCUGUACGCCCAGGUCAAGGUGAAACCGGCGUUCUUAAAUUAA